GUUUAGAUAGCUUAAUCUGUUUCGCUAUAUCACGUUAUCGCAUUGCAUUCUCUCAGUAGAAUCGACGAUUUCAUUGUACACUAUAUUUAUAAUUUUUAACCAAGUCGUCUGGGUUGAAAUAAAAAAAAGUAAGCGUCUUUUAUCUUUUGUCAACCUAAACGCUUUGGAAGUAAGCAGAUGUGUGCUUAAUCUGAUCUACAGGGUUUGUCUGCUCGAGGUACACGAUGUCGACGUCGAAUUUUAAGAAUAAGUGUGUUGCACAAGUGAACUGCGUUUACUGCGACAAUCUUCUGUGUACAAGAGGCAUGAAAGCUGUGCUUUUAGCAGACACAGAAAUCGAGCUGUUCUCCACUGACAUGCCCCCAAACAGGACUGUCGAUUUUGUGGCAGGCUGCUAUUCAACAGAAAGCUGUAAAUGCAAAUUAAGAGACAUCGCCUGUCUGAAAUGUGGAAACGUUGUGGGGUAUCAUGUAGUGGCUCCGUGCAAACCCUGCCUGCUCUCCUGUAACAAUGGCCACUUUUGGAUGUUUAACAGUGAAGCUGUUUCCACCAUCAACAGACUGGAUGCAACAGGAGUGAAUCUGUUGCUGUGGGGAGAUCUCCCAGAGCUGGAGGGAAGUGAGGACGAGAGCACAGACAGCCUUUUAGAAGAGGAAUACCUCAGAUAGGAUGCCAUAGAGGUACCCGCCUCCCCCUCUCCCUGUUCCUUAAUGAACUACUUGGAAGACUCAAGAAACUUCAUUUGAAGCAUAUUCUGACAGGAAGGAGAAACACAGACACCACAGAAUGAUGAAUCGUUUGUCUUAUGGUUGCACCCUCAACGGCAGUCUGCUUUUGAGUAUAUUUUUGCUACAGCAUCUAAUUUGACUGUAAUCACGUGGAAAGUACAAGCAUUUUGAGUCAUUUCCUUCUUGCCGGUUUCACUCCAUACUGUAUGAUAAACUCAGAUAGCUGAACGUGAACUUGUGAAAAUAAGCAAACGUCCAAAUAAGCAUGUUUUGCAGUUGUUAAACCGCAGCCGUGUGCUAUAUUUAUUCAUUCAUUUCAUUAUUUUAAAUCGAACAUACUUGAAAUGUAGUAAAUGUGAGCGACGUUGUUUCUGUGAAUGACUCACAGAAUAACUUCAGUUAUAAUCGUGUUAUAACCACUGUUAUUUCAACAUCUUGCCACGUCUUGUAAUACGAGUGACAGUUCAUGCAAACGGUACGAUAAUUAAACAGUGUGAAUGUCACUUAUAUUAUAUUAACCGGGCCUGGAUGAAAUAUGCUUGAAUACAUGCAAGGAACAAUUUUUUUUUUGCCUUCUUUUUUCUUAAAAUAUAAUAUAUUUUGAAAACUGUUAGGUUGAAGCAGUAGCACAGUCUCAUAAUAGAUGAGCAUAGACAUGAAAUACUUGCAGCGAAUGACUCUGCGAAUGACUGAAUUGCUUUCAGAGCUUACCUUUGCAGCAUUUUUAUUACAACUCCGAUGUACGUAUCUUAGCUAACAGUCUUUGCUUUGUCGUGCGGUAUAUCUUAAGUAAAAACAAAGAAGCCCAAGGCAUUAUAGACUGAAAGACAGAAUUUGAUAAUAGCAUUAUUUUGGUUCUUACAUGCUAAAAAAUGAGAAUAAAAAUUAAAAAAAUGUAGCACACCGGCCGUGCAUGGCUGGUGCACCGGCUCGUUUCUCCUUCCCACAUUCCUGUCCGACCAAAACUUGAUAUUGUAUGUAUUUAUUUUUUGGUCUAUUUAAAUAGGCGCAAUUAUUAAACUGACAAAUAGGACGACUAAGAAUUACUGUUCUGUUCCAUCUUAUUUCUACACAUUGAUUCAUUGUAUUAUUCUUUAUUAGAAAUUGUUUCUUUGAUGAUCAGCAUUUCAGGAGGCAUGUGCUCUUUGUUCUGCUCUAAUAUUUGAAGUGUCAGGGUACACAGCCUGGGCCAAAGGAAAGUCGCACACGUUUUUAUUUAAUUGGAUCACCUGUAGCUUUGAUUAUAGCACAUAUUCACUUUCAGCAAUCAAUUAUGAAACAUCGUAUUUGUUUUUGUCUGAAAUCUAGUAUUGUUGGUGGAUUCAGACAACUCUAAAUUGAAGUCUUCUCAGACCCACCCUGAAGACUUUCAGUGGAGUUAAGGUCAGGACUUUGUGGUGGCCAAGUCCUGUGUGAAAAUGGUUCAAAUGCUCACAGAACAACUCUUUCAUACUUGGAGUAAUGGUUUAUGCCCACGCCAUUGGGGAAGAAAAAAAUGCAUAGAUGUGAUAAGCUGGUCAUUCAGUACAUACAGAUCGUCAGCUGACUUCAUUUUAUUGCCACAUAACAUGGCUGAGCCUAGACCAGACCUUAUAAAGCAACUCCAGAGGCUUGCACAGUGGGCGCUAUGCCUGCUGGGUGCAUUCUCAUGCAUUUCCCUUCUUACCCUGAUGCGAUCAUUAGACCUUUUUCCAUUACUCCAAAUUUCAGUCGAUAUCCUGUCUAGCAAACUGAACCCUUGAAGUAACUUCCUUUUCACAACCCCCGGGAUUCGUCUCCUGAAGUAGUUUGUUUAGGAAAUGAGAAGGUACUAGCUGCAUUUGGAAGGUUAAAAGAAUUGCUAAGACAUUAAUCCCUGCUGUAAUUAUAUAGUGAAAGUUAUUUUAAUUAAUUGUUUACUUAAAUCCAAGCAGCGACUUUUUUUUUGGCCAGGCUGUGUGUUAACAUGUAAUUCUUGUCAGUGUUGGUAGAAUUGUUUAUUUAAGAAGAAAUAUCAGAUUUAUUAUUGGCUUGUUGAUGAAUUUUUCUUCCCCUGCCUUUGGCAAAUUGCAUUAAGAUGACUUGACCAAAAUAAAAUGGUAGAAAUAAUAUAAUUUUUAACUUAUUAACAGAAACUGUUUAUUUUCUGUAAUUUAUCAACAUUGUGAAUGUAUAUAUUUAUUAACAGACAUAAGACUGUAUUUAUACUUGGAUAAUUCCUCUUGCACCAUCUGAUGACUGAAAGAGAGUUUGUAAUUCUUUGACUUUGCACUGUAAAAGGUGUUGCUGGGUUGUUUUGUACGCUUGCCGUCUUGAUAUUAAACGUUUUUAA